GGUUUGGAGCCAAGUGCUGGGCCGCAGGUUUCAUCAACACCGAGGAGCGGUUCCCGACGGGGGAGAGAGACGGUACGGGCGCCACAAGUGUCGCGGAUUUUAAAGAUGGAAGAAUUGUGAACGCUUAUCUCGGACAGAAUAUCACAGCAGAUCUACACCCCACUCAGCUCCCCAGCACCUGAAUAUCAUCGGCCUGUGAACGUGGAAGGAGAGAUGCUGGUUUGUUUCACUUCAGACCCCAGGCAGUGAGGGCUGUUGCAGGACACCGACCGUGACACAGCUGGGUAGUGAGACACUCUACAGCGGGGAGGGGAGAAACCACUGAUGUGAGGACAGGAACCAAGUUGCAGAGAAGCCGUGUAGCUACUCCCAGUCUGUGAAGGAGCGGGCAGAGAUCACUCCAGUGCAGAUUGGGAAAGGAACACCCAUUGCAACUGGAAUCCAUGUGUGACAUGCUGGGGGAGGUGAGCUGACCUGAUCUGUGGCUGGGAACGUGUUUACCACAUCCUUGUUUUUGUACCAAUGAAACAUUCAUUGUUUUGACAGAGGAAGUAUUUUAAAUGAUUCAUUUCCCUGAGAAUAUCCAAAUCUUCCUUCCACCUGUUUCCAUUUAAGGAAAGUAAUUCAUUUGCCCAUCUUUUUACUGACUGAUUAUUGAGGUCCUGGGGAAACAUUGUCUUCCUGCUUUGAAGGGUCUCACUCAGUCAUCAGCCCUGAUGAAACACAGGCAAAUCUGCACCUGGUUCACCUCUUCUGCGAGUGGGAAAGGAAUCACUCGCUCAACCCACUUGGCAACACACCAUUGACUUCAUACCAGGGUGAGUCCAUUGUCCUACUCUGAUUGUGGGGAGGGGCUCAUUCAGUCAUCCAACUUCCUGGCACAUUGGACCACAGUAAGGACAUUAAGUGACCUGGCGACGUGAUGAACGGCCAGCAAAUACCUGCUGGGGAGAGGCAGUCCACCUGCUCUCACUGCGGGAAGGCUUUCAAUAAUUCCUUCAGCCUGCAGGAGCACCUGCGAGUGCACAUCGGGGAGAAGCCCUUCUCUUGCUCUGAUUACGGGAAAGGGUUAACUCAGUCAUCCAGGCUUCUGGCACACCAACAAGUUCAUAAUGGAGAGAGGCCAUUCACCUGUUCCAAGUGUGGGAAGGGGUUUACUCGGUCAUUCAGGUUUCUAGCUCACCAACGAAUUCACACUGGGGAGAGGCCAUUCACCUGUUCUGAGUGUGGGAAAGGAUUCACUAUGUCGUCUAUCCUUGCUAGUCACCAACGAAUUCACACUGGGGACAGGCCAUUCACCUGCUCCCAAUGUGGGUUGAAGUUUACUCGGUCGUCUAGCCUUUUGACGCAUCAGCGAAUUCACACCGGGGAGAAGCCCUUCAACUGCUCCGAGUGCGGGAAGGGGUUCACUCGGUCUUAUGAGCUUCUGAGGCACCAACGAAUUCACACCAGGGAGUGGCCAUUCACCUGCUCAGAGUGUGGGAAAGGGUUGACUCGGUUGUCCGAGCUUCUGACACACCAACGAAUUCACACUGGGGAGAGGCCGUUCAUCUGCUCCGAGUGUGGGAAAGGGUUCGCAAGGUCAUCUGUCCUGCUGCUGCAUCAACGGAUUCACACCGGGGAAAGGCCGUUCACCUGCUCCGAAUGUGGAAAAGGGUUUGCAAGAUCAUAUGUCCUGUUGAUGCAUCAGCGAAUUCACACCGGGGAGAGACCAUUCAUCUGCUCUGAAUGUGGGAAAGGAUUCACUCGGUCAUCUGACCUUCUGCUUCAUCAACAAAUUCACACUGGGGAGAGGCCGUUCACCUGCUCCGUAUGCGGGAAGGGAUUUACUCGGUCGUCUCUCCUACUGAGACACCAACGAAUUCACACUGGAGAGAGACCGUUCACUUGCCCUGAAUGUGGAAAGAACUUUGCACGGUCAGCAUGGCUUCUGGCACACCAACAAGUUCAUAAUGGGGAGAGGCCGUUCACCUGUUCCGAGUGCGGGAAGGGGUUCACUCGGUCGUAUGUGCUUCUGAGACACCAACGAAUUCACACCAGGGAGUGGCCAUUCACCUGCUCAGAGUGUGGGAAAGGAUUCACUAUGUCAUCUAGCCUUGUGAGUCACCAACGAGUUCACACUGGGGACAGACCAUUCAGCUGCUCCCAAUGUGGGUUGGAGUUUACUCGGUCGUCUAGCCUUCUGAUGCAUCAGCGAAUUCAUACCGGGGAGAGGCCCUUCACCUGCUCCAAGUGCGGGAAAGGGUUGACUCGGUUGUCCGAGCUUCUGACGCACCAACGAAUUCACACUGGGGAGAGGCCGUUCAUCUGCUCUGAAUGUGGGAAAGGGUUUGCAAGGUCAUCUGUCCUUCUGCUUCAUCAACGAAUUCACACCGGGGAGAGGCCGUUCACCUGCUCUGAAUGUGGGAAAGGGUUUGCAAGGUCAUCUGUCCUUCUGACGCAUCAGCGAAUUCACACCGGGGAGAAGCCUUUCACUUGCUCCAAGUGUGGGAAGGUGUUCACUCGAUCGUACGAGCUUCUGAGGCACCAACGAAUUCACACCAGAGAGAGGCCAUUCACCUGCUCAGAGUGCGGAAAAGGGUUCACUCGGUCAUCUCUCCUACUAAGGCACCAACAAAUUCACACUGGGGAGAGGCCGUUCAUCUGCUCCAAGUGCGGGAAGGGAUUUGCAAGGUCAUCUGUCCUUCUGAUGCAUCAACGAAUUCAUACCGGGGAGAGACCGUUCAUCUGCUCUGAAUGUGGGAAAGGAUUCGCGAGGUCAUCUGUACUUCUGAUGCAUCAACGAAUUCACACUGGGGAAAGACCGUUCAUCUGCUCCGAGUGUGGGAAAGGAUUCCCUCGGUCAUUUGACCUUCUGCUUCAUCAACAAAUUCACACCGGGGAGAGGCCGUUCACCUGCUCCGUAUGUGGGAAGGGAUUUACUCGGUCAUCUCUCCUACUAAGGCACCAACGAAUUCACACUGGAGAGAGACCGUUCACCUGCCCUGAAUGUGGGAAGAAGUUCUCUCAGUCGUCUCACCUCUGCAGACAUCGCCAAACGCAUACUAAAGGGAAAGCUUAAAGGUGCGGUUUGUACAUGGGGCAUUUAAACGCUGCAGCUUCUGACACAGCAGUGAGUUCACAAGUGGCUGCAAGAACUGAUUCUGCAGUUAUUGCUGCUGUUGAUCACAUCCAGGUUUGGACCCUGGUUACUGGGCACAUUUGGGUUGUUUCCCCUGGGACUGCAGGUACAUUUGUAUUCUGCAUCAAUUAUAAAUAAAUCUGUUCUGUGUGAAUGAACUGGGCUUGAGGAGGAUGUGGGGAGACUUUGAGGGGAUGAGGACAAGCUGAAGGGACGAACAAGAACACGGCAGAUGGAGUCAAAUGUGGGAAAAUGGGAGGUCAUGAACUUUAUUGGGGAAACUCCCAAUGUUAAAGGGAUCGUCGUUGUGGCUAUCCCACGAGGUCAAGGAUGGUGGUCUUCGUUCUGAAAAAGUGGCCCACAGAGUGAAGAUGCCUGCGCGUGUACUUGAUGUUGCACUCCAAGAAGCACACGAUACUUCACAAAUCAACCAACUGAUUUCAGUGGCAUGGGAACCACGACGAUUAGAGCUGUUGGAUUUGUUGUAGCCUUCAUCUGCCGUCACAGCCGUUGAGUUCAAAGUAACCUCGUCCGCCUGUUCCCCCAUUGAGGUCUUGGUUGGAUUGUUCUUUGUCAGGGACCUCACCCUCGACCUUACUGCCGUGGGUGACCCUACCAGGAGCAUAGCUCCAGAUGGCAUUGCUCUCGGGAUCGCAGGACCACACAAGCUUCUCCACCACGACAAGUUGACAAUCCACGGAAAAGUAAAGGUAUCAUGGGAUGUCAGACAGGAGGAAAAUGGCGUGCAGUCUCUAUUAGUCAUGACCUUGCUGACUGGAGGGGCAGAAUGGCCUUUAUCUCUGUUAGGAUGGUCACACAAAGCAGGGAGCACAACCACUGAGGUUCAGCAGCAUUCGUGGAGGCCGCCGAUGUGAGUUGUUGGUCUGGUCUGGUCUGAUGAUGCAGGGUCUCGACUGAAAACAUCAACUUGUUCCUUUUUCCUCCACAGAUGCUGCUUGACCUGCUGAGCUGUAUUGGCAUCCUGAUUUGUAUUUCCAGAGUUCAGCAUCUGGUUCACCUGGGAAAGUGGGCCAAGUGCAAAAUGUUGUAUUUUAGGAAGUUAAACCUGGGCAGGACUGGCACAGUGAAUGCAGUGUCGUGCAGAGCAUUGCAGAACAGAGAGACCUCCACGUAUGUGGUAACGUGGGUAAACGGGGUGAUGAAGGCGUUUGGCACACUUACCCUCAUCGGUCAGGGGAUUGAGUGCAAGAGUCAGCACCUGGGUUGCAACUGCACAGAUGACCAUUCUUGGAAUUUAUGUACAGUUCUGGUCACUAAUGAUAGGAAGGAUACUACUGAGGAGUCAAAGGUGCAAAAUAGAUUCACAAGGAUGAUACCAGGACUGGAAGAUUUCGGUUAUAAAGAUAGACUUGGAUAGAACAUAGAACCCUGCAGCACAGUGUGAGCCUGUGAUAGUUGCUUAAGCCCCCACACAAAUUAAAACUGCAGGUUGGGAAGAACACCGCAGACUACCUUACCCAUUUGAAUGUUAGAAUGUUUACGUAAGUAAACGGUCAAAGGUGUUCAGUGAAUCAUGCCCCACGUUUGUCAGUUGCAGCAAUGCAGUGGACAUUUUAACAUCAAGCACGCUAAAUUUAUCUGUGUUUACUGUUUCGCUAAAACGAUGUACUUUGUUGCAAUGUGGCUGAGUUGUCCCUUCAUCGGCACUGUGUGCUCUACAGUUCAAAAGCAAGCCUGCCCAUUAAUCUCUGCUAGACGUGAGCACCAGCAAAGACUGACAACAUUGUGGGUUUAACUUCAACAUUUAUUUAUUAAACAUUUUAAGCACAUUUUCUAAAUGCAAUUCUGUCUUUGUUGCCUGUUGUUUUCCCCACAUGGUACGUGGCUGCAGAGUGGGUCAGUAAGUGGUAACUUAGGACAGGGGUCCCCAACCUUUUUUGCACCGAUGACCAGUUUAAUAUUGACAAUAUUCUUGCGGACUGGCCAAUUUGGGGGGGGGGGGGCGCGGGUGUGUUAGUCAACAGUGGGCGUGACAGGGAACGAGGAAAGGUGCAGCUGACUCAUAUCAUUUCAUAUCGCCAAAUCAUAUUGUUUCCUCGCAGCCCAGUAGCAUGUGCUUUGCGGCCCAGUGGUUGGGGACCACUGACUUGGGAGAUACUUAUGCAAGUUUUUCCGACCAUCCGUUAUGAUUAAGCUAUGAAUUAUGAGUAAUGUAGGAUCUUUGGAUCUAGCGGUUUAUGUAAGGAGGAAGUCUAUUAUUUCAAGUGUUUUUAUAGUCGAGUUUGUAGGUUAUUUUAAGGGAUUACGUAUUAAAUUUGUAUUAUGUCAUUGAAUAGUUAUGGAAGACUAUUUAAACAGUGUAAAUUAAGGGCGAAUAUGGUUUUAACUAAUGUGAUGAUUUCUCUGUAUCCCUGUACAUGUCAAAUGAUUUGGCCUGUAGACUGAAAUGCCUUGUGUUGGUUUUUGGGAGUUCUGCUCAGAGACCCCGGGGAGCAGUUGAGGAGCAAAGAGCAAUGCCUGAUGUCGGUAUAGGAUGGGUAAUUUUUCUCUCAGAAAUAACAUGUAAAUAUUUCCUUUGAUAUUGAGUAAUUAAAGAUCCAUUUUG